AUGGUGAUAAUAUGCUCAAUCAGAGAAUUUGGUUCCAAGAAGAUAGGGCAUAUCCGCAUUUUGGCGUGGAAAACCGAAUUCGAACAGAAUAUCACCCCAAAUGCCAUUGAAGAGCAAUAUAAAGUGUUACACCAACAGACAGAUUUUAACCCUUCUGACACAACAAAACAACAAAUUUUUGAUAUAUACACGAACGUGGCUUUGGUAGAUAAGGGGGUCCAAGGUGACAAAGUAACUGCCGAUUAUAUUAAAUACUAUUUGUGGCCCACAAAUAAAGCUGAAAAUUACUCUAUUGUGAAUUCUACCACCAUUAAUUCACUCAUCACGGGUGACGCCCUGUAUAUUUUUUUUAUACAUGGCUGGACUGAAUCUAGAGAAACUAAAUGGUAUGAGCUUUUAAGAAAUGCCUUUUUUAAACGUAAUCCACAUUAUUACAUCAUUGAAGUGGAUUGGUCAGUAUACGCAGAGAAAGAUUAUGUUAUAGCAUCAUAUGAUACCAAAUUUAUUGGUGGUUUCAUCGGAGAAUUUGUUGUAUACUUACGUAAGAACUUUGCCAUCCCAUUGGCUAAUAUUCUUGUAGUUGGUCACUCACUCGGAGGACACAUUUCCGGUUUUGUUGGAAAAAAAGUUCAAGAAAUGGUGAAAGAAAAAUUGCCAAGGAUAAUAGCUUUAGAUCCCGCUGGACCCUUAUUUGAAAAUCGACCAGAAGGUGAAAGACUCAGUCCAAAAGAUGCUGUAGUUGUACAUGUAAUUCAUACCAAUGGGGGCGCUUUUGGAUUUUUGGAGGCCUGUGGUACUAUUGACUUUUUCCCGAACAACGGAACCUUUCAAUCCGGCUGUGGUUUCCAGAGUUUCUUGAGUCCGUGUGAUAUCAGAGAGAAAGUAUUUUGCUCUCAUUGGAGAAGUUGGGGUUAUUUCAUAGAAGGAAUAUCUACAACGAAAAAGUUCAGAGCAAGAAAAUGCGAUAACUGGCGUCAGUACACUAGGCAUGCAUGUGAAGCCGAUUAUGAAACUAUAGCAAAUUUAGAAACCAAUAAAACUGGAAAAUAUUACUUGAGAACAAACAACAAACCACCAUAUUCGAAAUAA